UCCCCUAGUACAGGACACUAUCCUACACCAUGGGCGCACGUUAACACUGCAACGGAUCAACUUUCCAGCAAACAGCUACCCGCAGCAAAUGCCAACCAGAACGCUCUUCAUUCGGAUCAAAAUCUUGGGCAGUAUUGAAAUCGAGAUCUCAGGCAGGGCAGUCGCGAUGUUUCUUCUCAAGGCAUGGAGAUCAACUGCUUUUGGUGCUUAUGGGUACCUUAAUUUCACUAGGGCUGGUUAUCUGGAACACUCCAAAAAAUUCAACCCAGAUGAUAUGCAAGCAUCAAUCAGUGGGAAGAACUGCAUAGUUACUGGAGCAAAUUCUGGCAUUGGCUAUGCAACUGCUGAGGGUCUUGCUUCCAGAGGAGCAAAUGUCUUUAUGGUAUGCCGUAAUAAAGAGAGGGGCGAGGCUGCUUGUUCCCAAAUUCAGUCAGUGACUGGUAAUCAAAAUAUUUAUUUGGAGGUAUGUGAUCUUUCAUCUGUCAAUGAGAUCAAGUCAUUUACUUCCAGAUUUUCUUCAAAGGAUAUUCCAAUUCAUGUCUUGGUCAACAAUGCUGGCUUACUUGAGAAUAAACGUGUUACCACUUCUGAAGGAUAUGAGUUGAAUUUUGCUGUAAAUGUACUAGGCCCUUUCACCAUGACAGAAAUAAUGUUACCAUUGCUGGAGAAAGCUGCUCCUGAUGCUCGAGUUAUCACAGUUUCAUCAGGAGGAAUGUACACAGCCCCGUUGAUGGAAGAUUUACAGUUUAGCAGUGGCAAAUUUGAUGGAGUGGAACAGUAUGCUCGAAACAAGCGAGUGCAGGUCGCACUGACUGAAAAAUGGGCCGAACUGUACAAGGACAAAGGGAUUGGAUUCUACUCAAUGCACCCGGGAUGGGCUGAGACACCAGGGGUAGCUAGGAGCCUGCCUGGCUUUUCAAAAUCGUUUUCAGGAAAACUUAGAACAAGUGAGCAAGGUGCAGAUACUCUGAUCUGGUUGGCUUUGCAGGCAAAAGACAAACUGGUGUCUGGUGCAUUUUAUUUUGAUAGAGCUGAAGCUCCUAAACACCUGCCGUUUGCAGCCACCGGAGGCUCUCAUGUUGCUAUCGAUCCCAUUAUUAAAAAUCUUCAUUAUUUGUCCUCUCUUCCUUCAUAAACCAAAAUGAUAUGGCAAACAUUUUAAUUUCGACACAAAUUUACAGGAGAAGACAGUAGUUUCAUACUGAAUGUGAAUGAUAUAAUAGAAAUUGCAAUCAUAUUAUUUAUUGCAUA